UCUCUCUCUCUCUCUCUCUCUCUGUAUAUAUUAUAACGAAACUUCAAUAGUUUUAGUCAAUCCGGAUCCGAGACGACGAUUCGUAUCGUAACCGGCGGUUACUGUACACAUGUGUUAACGCGGAGGAGCGACCAAACAAUUCUGAGAGGAAUGGGUUGUGUCAGCUCGAAGCAGACUGUUUCUGUUACCCCGGCGAUCGAUCAUUCUGGUGUUUUUAAGGACAAUGCUUGUUCUGGUUCCGGUCGAAUUUUGGUUGAGGCGACGGAGAAGAAGCUUUUGUCGUGGAGGAGCAAGAGCGGGAAAAAGGGUAGUAGUAGAAAGAAGAGCGGUAGUGAGUUGGGGAGCGAGUUUGGUGAGCUGAGCGAGUCUGGUCGGGCGAGCGAGUCGGUGAGUUUCCGGCUCGGUAACUUGAGCAAGUACCUUGAAGCUGAGCAGGUCGCAGCUGGUUGGCCUGCCUGGCUCAGCAACGUCGCUGGUGAAGCUAUUCAUGGUUGGGUUCCAUUUCGAUCCGACGCUUUCGAAAAGCUCGAAAAGAUUGGACAAGGGACUUAUAGCAGUGUGUUCCGUGCGAGAGAGACUGAAACAGGGAGGAUUGUGGCUUUGAAGAAGGUUAGAUUUGACAAUUUUGAGCCGGAGAGUGUUAGGUUCAUGGCAAGAGAGAUUUUGAUCCUUAGGAGACUUAAUCACCCCAACAUUAUCAAACUAGAAGGUAUUGUUACUUCAAAGCUAUCUUGCAACAUACAUCUCGUGUUCGAGUAUAUGGAGCAUGAUCUCACUGGUCUUCUUUCUAGCCCUGAUAUCAACUUUACUACUCCACAGAUUAAGUGUUACAUGAAACAGUUGUUGUCUGGACUUGAUCAUUGUCACGCACGAGGUGUGAUGCAUCGGGACAUUAAGGGUUCUAAUCUUUUGGUGAAUAAUGAAGGAAUAUUAAAGGUGGCUGAUUUUGGGCUAGCUAACUUUUGCAAUGCUUCUGGGAAUAAACAACCUCUUACUAGUCGAGUUGUAACUCUGUGGUAUCGUCCGCCUGAACUUCUGCUCGGGGCAACAGAAUAUGGAGCAUCUGUUGACUUGUGGAGUGUUGGCUGUGUUUUUGCUGAACUUCUUCUCGGGAAACCGGUUCUGCAGGGAAGAACUGAGGUCGAACAGCUGCACAAGAUAUUCAAACUGUGUGGAUCUCCACCUGCGGAUUACUGGAAAAAAUCCAAACUUCCUCAUGCAAUGCUUUUCAAACCACAGCAACAUUAUGAUGGUUGUCUCCGAGAAGCCCUGAAAGAUUUGUCCGAUGCUGACAUCAAUCUCAUAGAAACUCUUCUAUCUAUAGAGCCUCACAAACGUGGUUCUGCCUCUACUGCUCUUGUUUCUCAGUAUUUUACUUCAAAGCCUUUUGCUUGUGAUCCCUCAAGUUUGCCUGUAUACUCGCCUAGCAAGGAGAUUGAUGCAAAGCAUCGAGAAGAAACAAUAAGGAAAAAAAUCAGUGGGAAUGGGAGACGUGGUACAGAGGCAAGGAAGCCAACACGUAAGCCCCCUGCAUAUGCCAAAUUGGCACCAGUUGAGGAUGUACGACACCAUUCUCAAAAAAUGCCAAAACGUAAUGGUCAUUCAGUACAUAGUUCGAUUGAUAGUGACGCCACAUUAUGUGAGAAACUACAAAAGCCAUCAAAUCAUGAAAAAGACGAAGCUUCUCAUGUGAAGAACGCAUCACAAGGAGAUGUACCUUUCUCAGGGCCUUUGCAAGUAUCUGUCUCAAGCGGUUUUGCCUGGGCAAAGCGAAGAAAAGAUGAUAUAUGUGUUAGAUCACAUAAUAGAUCAUUCUCAAGAGGUCACAUUAAUAACCUGUUGGGACCUUCUCCUGCAUGCAGUGAGAACACUGACGUUGACUCUAAGAUAAAUGAGAAAGAAAAUGAAGAAAAAGAUGGGGCAAGAACAGAUUCCCAAGACCGAGAGGCGUAUGAGAUGUUAAAGCUUUCAAUGCUAAAGAAGUGGAGGCAACUUGAACGACCAGAUUCUUUUGAUGCUUCUGACGAGUAUCAUUCACAGGAACUGUCAUUGGCACUUUAUCAGAGAGAAGAAAAGGCAGCAAAGCUGGGUCAUUUGGGUUACGAAGACAAUGAUGAAAAAAUCGAAUUCUCAGGCCCCUUGUUGUCUAAAUCUUAUGGAGUUGAUGAGCUUCUAGAACGCCAUGAACGCCAGAUUCGUCAAUUAGUUCGAAAAUCUUGGUUUCAGAAAGGUAAGAAACAAGGGAAAUGAUUGACUCUGUAUUAACUUGACUGUGUCAUAAAAAGCUUCCCAAGUGGAUCCAUAUGAGAGCUCCAAGAAUGCAAGAACUCAAAAGACUAUAUGCAUAUUGAUGGUUUGAAAAAGACAAAGUUAACAUGAUCAAGCAAACAUGGAGAAAGCCAUGAAGCAUCUAUUUGUUAAUGUUAUUUUCAGUAUAAGCUUCUAUAAUCAGUUAUUUUUUGGAGAAUUAUAAUAAACUACAGCGCAGUUCAUGAUUUCCAGGCAUACUGUAUAGAGCUACCGCAAUACCAUAAGCAUAUAUAUGUAUAUGUGUAAAAACUUCAGUUGUAUAAAAGAUCAGUUCUGUAUA